GAUGAGGAGGGUCAGCCGCAGAGAUCAGGGCUUCCUGCUGGCCUGCCUCUGUUGCCUCGCUGCUAUCAUCUACCUCUCCCAAGCUGACCUGGGGCGUGUUCUGUGGCUCAGAUGGGGUACCCAGCCAGAGGAGGGAUUCCAGCAUGUCAGGGCCGUGCUGGAGGACUCCAGUGAGGAGUUCGAUACCUUUCAUGAGCGGAGGUACCUGGACGCGAAACGUUGGAAACCUGGUGAAGAUCCUUACAAACUGUACGCCUUCAACCACAGAGAGAGUGGCAGAGUACCCAGCAACCGGGGCAUCAGGGAUACCAGGCAUUACAGAUGCUCGAUGCAGCAGUACAGCGCGGACCUGCCUCCCACCAGCAUCAUCAUCACACUCCACAACGAAGCCAGAUCUGCCCUACUGCGGACGGUCCGAAGCGUGCUGAACCGGACUCCUGCUUACCUCGUCCAUGAGAUCAUUCUCGUCGAUGACUUCAGUGAGGACCCUGCUGACUGUCAGCUGCUGACCAAACUGCCGAAGGUGAAAUGUCUGAGGAACGUGCAGCGUGAAGGGUUAAUCAGGUCCCGGGUCCGCGGCGCAGACGCUGCUGAAGCUGCAGUCCUCACCUUCCUGGACAGUCACUGUGAGGUGAAUAAGGAUUGGCUGCCCCCACUGCUCCAGAGAACGAAAGAGGAUCCAACCCGUGUGCUUAGUCCCGUCAUUGACAUCAUCAACAUGGACACCUUCGCAUACGUGGCAGCUUCCUCGGAACUGAGAGGAGGGUUCGACUGGAGUCUCCAUUUUAAAUGGGAGCAGCUAACCCCAGAGGUCAGGGCCAAAAGACUACAGCCCAUUGAGCCAAUCAGGACACCAGUUAUAGCUGGAGGUCUCUUUGUGAUCAACAAAGCGUGGUUUAACCAUCUUGGGAAGUAUGACACUGCGAUGGACAUCUGGGGCGGUGAGAACUUUGAGAUGUCCUUCCGUGUGUGGAUGUGUGGUGGGACCCUGGAGAUCAUCCCGUGCAGUCGGGUGGGCCACGUCUUCCGAAAGAAACAUCCUUACGUCUUCCCAGAUGGCAACGCUAACACCUACAUCAGAAACACUGAGCGUACCGUCGAGGUCUGGAUGGAUGAAUACAAGCGGUUUUAUUAUGCAGCCCGGCCAUCUGCCAAGGGACGGCCUUAUGGAGAUGUCAGCAGCAGACUGGAACUGCGGAGGAAUCUCAACUGCAAAUCCUUCCGAUGGUACCUGGAGAACGUAUACCCCGACCUCAAAAUCCCUGUGGAAUCUGAUUCCCGGCCGGGAGUGAUCCAGCAAAGACGGGAUUGUGUGGAGAGUCGGAAAGCAGGCGAUCAGGAUUCGCUAACUGUCACUCUCAGGCACUGUGUCCAGGAAAACAAUGUCCCAGCAAGUAAUCAGGAAUGGAUAUAUACCCGAGACCAGCAGAUCCGUCAGAACCAGCAGUGUCUCUCUGCUGCCAGCCUGUACCCAGGUGCCCAGGUUAUUUUAAUGUCCUGUCGAGACAAAGAUAGCAAACAGCUCUGGCAGAGGACUGGCUCCCGUAUCGAGCAUCAGGCAUCUCGCUACUGUUUGGACAGUGAGCUGUUGGCCAGUGAUGAGGAUGACAUUACAAAGAUCCUGGUGAUCAACCCGUGUGAGAUGACGAUGCUCAGCCAAAGGUGGGAAAUGGAGUAGCGCCCGAAGGAAUGAGGAGGGUAGCGGGAUGUCCACCUUCACCUUUGGAUGUAAAAAGUGAUGAACCACCGAGAGAUUAAAUACUGUUUCCCAUUCUGAGAGGGACAGUUUGAAAUCUAACCUUUCAGAUCUUUAUGUCCUGAAAAGAUGUUGGACCCUUGCCUUUGAUGAGUUUAUCGUUGUGAUAAGAAAGGCCUGACUCAAAGUGAUAUGCCCGAAAUGUUAUUGCCAUGGCGAUGGAGAUCCUCGAGAUGAAGAUUCAUCAAAGUGGACAAAUCUAACAACUCGUUGGAAACAAAUGACUUGUUUUCAUUGGAGAGUUUAAAGAAAGAGUAACUGUUGAAGUCGGAGCUACAUAUUCUGUCCUUUUGCGACAUAAAUACCUUCUGUAAACUUGUUAUUGGCCUGAAGGGGAAUAGUUUGAGCCACAUGUGGUUAUUUGAAGGAAGGGGGACACAAUUCCGAACCGAAUGUUUCUUAUCCAGUUUUGGGAUGAGGGCACUCCUGGCCAGGCCUGCAUUUAUUGCCCAUCCCUAAUUGCCCAGAGGGCUGUUAAGACUCAGCCACAUUGACUUUGUGUUUGGGGUCACAGGUAGGCCAGACCAGGUAAGAAUGGCGGAUUUCCUUUCCAGAGAAAUACAGAAUCUCUGACUCUCCUGUUUAUACCUGUCAGCCAGGGCUCCCUGACUGGACCAAAUUUAAAAGCCCCAAUCAGGGAACUCCUGUUCUAUGAGGUCCUUCUGGCUGACCUCAUUACAAUCACGACAUCACUUCCCCUCUGGUUCCAAGAACCGAGGUUGAUUCUUGUUUACGUAGCUCCCCGGGGCAUUUUAGCACCAGGUCAGGUUUGUCCCACUCUGCCUCUGAUACAGACGGUAUGAAACGCACAGUAGUUUGCCUCUUGAACCUAGAGAGUCACGGAAGAAAUUCAUUCUCCUCUUCAGGCGGCAAAGGCAUUGAGGCGAUGACAUCCAGUGUGUCCCUCUCAGAUUCCAAGGUAACUUCAAAGCUUGACAGAGGGGGAGACACCACAGGUUCAGGAAUAGUCAGAAAGACAGUAGAGGCGCCCGGGCAUGUUUUGCUCCCACACCAUUUGCAAGUUUGCCCUUUCAUAUGGUCCACAUGCUUGUUCAGGACCAUCGCACCUCCCUGAACAUUACACAUCACUGGACCAUACCUCUUACCCAUGCAGCGCCAUUCUUGUGGUUCCUACACCACAUUUUGUCCCCUGAAGUAAACGGUCUCUCUCACUUGGCAGAGUCUUGUGCAUUGGCAUUCCUGAUGCUGUUACAUCCUCCCUCACAGGUCUGGGACGAUCAGAUUUAACCUGCUUCUCAUUAGCAACUCUGCUGGAGCUCUCCCUGCAGUUGCAUGAGGGGCGAUCCUAUAAUUAGACAGGAAUCGGGACAGUUCGGUUUCUAGUGAAGCUGUGCAGUGUUUCUUUAAGUCUGCCUUCAAAGUUUGGACUGCUCUUUCUGCCCAACCAUUGGAUGAUGGAUGGUAUGGAACUGUCCUUAUGUAUCAAUACCAUUUGACUAGAAAAUAUUCAAAUUUCCUGCUGAUAAAUGAUGGCCCGUUAUCUGUGCCCAACACGUCUGGGAGUCUGUGUAUUGCAAUAGCUGUGUGCAGUUUUUCUAUCAGCGUCCCCAUAUUUGAUUAAUAAACU